CGGCGGCCUAGAGCGGGGCCCGGGCGCGCGGCAUGAAGCGCUGCGGGGGCCGGGCGCUCUGGGGCCACCUGCCGUGCCCGCGCUCGGAGCUGCGGCUGGAGCUGGUGCUGCGCUGCGGCCAGGCCUUCCGCUGGAGGGAGCGCAGCCCCGGGCACUGGACCGGGGUCCUGGCGGGCCGGGUGUGGACGCUCAGGCAGACCGAGGAGCAGCUCUGGUACACGGUUCACGACGAGGAGGAGGAGGAGGAGGAGGAAGGCAGCCGCACAAAGGCCACGGGGCAGGAGCUGCAGCCCAGGGGAAGAGGCGUAGCGGGGAGCCUGCACCCUGAGGCCCCUGCCAUGGAGGCUUUGGACAGCGCAGGCAGCUGUGAAGCCCAGCAGAUCCUCCAUGACUACUUUCAGCUGGACGUAGGCCUGGCCGGGCUGUACCAGGCCUGGGGUGCUGUGGACCCGCACUUCCAGAAAGUGGCUGCCAGUUUCCCAGGCGUCCGCGUGCUGCGCCAGGACCCCGUCGAGUGUCUCUUCUCCUUCCUCUGCACCUCCAACAACCACCUGGCGCGCAUCACGGGCAUGAUUGAGCGCCUCUGCCGGGCCUUUGGGCGCCACCUCUGCCAGCUGGAUGGGGAGCCGUACCACGCCUUCCCCUCGCUGCAGGCCCUAGCUGGGGCUGAUGCUGAGCGACGGCUCCGGGCUCUGGGCUUUGGCUACCGGGCGAAGUUUGUGAGCCAGAGCGCCCAGGCCGUGCUGAGGCAGUUUGGGGCCGAGGGGUUGCACCAGCUGCGCAGCACCCCGUACCCAGAGGCCAGGAGGCUGCUGUGCACCCUGCCUGGCGUGGGGGCCAAGGUGGCAGACUGCGUGUGCCUGAUGGCACUGGACAAGGCAGAGGCCGUGCCCGUGGACACCCACGUGUGGCAGAUCGCCCGGCGGGACUACAGCCUGGAGCCGGGCUCAGGUGCCCGGAGCGUGACGAUGCGCGUGUACAGUGAGCUCGGAGACUUUUUCCGGCAGCUCUGGGGGCCCUAUGCAGGCUGGGCGCAGGCGGUUCUCUUCUGUGCUGAUUUAAAGACGUUCCGGCAGAACCCUGGCACAAGCGUCGGCAUGAAGGGGGGCCCAGCCCCAACAGUGGCUUCUCCGGCCCAUUGCAGACCCACCACUGCCCUGGAAGCAGGGGGGCAGGACUUGGCUUCGCCUGGGGCCACAGGGACUCUGUGCACAGAAGCAGCUCCAGCCCCUUGUGCCCAGACUGGCAAAUGCCACCGUGGGGCCAGCCAGAAGCGGCCCCAUGGGGAAAAGUGCUGCACCAGCCCUGGCCCCUCCCCACAGGGGGCUGGGCACUGAGCUGUGCUGCUGGGGGAGGGGAGAUAACAGAGCAGGGGGGGGCCCAGUUACAGCCUCUCUCUAGGGCUGUGCCCGGCUGGGGGCUGGGUGUAUGGACCAGUCCGUUACAUAGACUAUCAGCAUCCAGAGCAGCUGGAGGUGAAACGGGGGGAGGGUGGCUCAGUGAAUGUUUAUAGGCCAGGCUGGAGCAGUGAUAUGGCACCCACCAGGGCGAAAGGCCCAGUACCCGCCCAGCUUGGCUCAGCACAACCACCCACUGAGGAAGCCGGUGUGGCGCAGCGGCCGACCUUUGAUGAACACAGCGUGGCUUGAGCGUGGGGGAGAGCCCACGCGAGCCGGGCUUGGGCCCUUCCUUAUGGCCGUAACCCAGCUGCGCUUCCCAGAGCUGGAGGGCCUGGCACUGGGAGGCGCACACUGCCAGCCUGCCUUGCGGGGUCUGCCGAGGGUUCCCAUGUGCACUCAUUCACCCUCCCCCUUGGGUCAACCCCCAUGUCACAGGCUGGGGGGGCCUGGGGCACUGACCCAGAAGAGCCUUGCCUUGGCCCGGCCACAGUGCGAGUGGAUGGAGGUGGGGGGGGGGGGGGAA